UCUCCAAGUACUUCAAGGCAAGUUAGUGUGGCGUCGCAGACUGUGACAAAACCGCUACGCUUUGUACCGUCUUCAGUCAGACGCAGAUUUUCUAAACUGCCAACAGCGUGUUCCUCAAAGUUUGACUUUUAUCCAUCCGCAAUAGAUAAAAGCAGCCAUGACUAAGGAUCCAAACAAGCCCAGGGGCAAAACCUCAUCUUAUGCUUUCUUCGUGGCAACCUGCCGUGAGGAGCACAAAAAGAAGCACCCAGGAACCACUGUGGGUUUUGCAGAGUUUUCCAAGAAGUGCUCUGAAAGAUGGAAGACCAUGUCUGGCAAGGAAAAGCAGAAGUUUGAGGAGAUGGCCAAGAAUGACAAGGUCCGGUAUGACAGAGAGAUGAAGACUUACGUUCCUCCGAAAGGUGCUAAAAAGGGGAAGAAGAAGAAGGACCCUAACGCCCCCAAAAGGCCCCCCUCUGCUUUCUUUGUCUUCUGCUCGGAUCACCGACCCAAGAUCAAGGAAGAGAACCCUGGUAUCUCAAUUGGUGACAUUGCCAAGAAGCUCGGAGAGUUGUGGUCUAAGCAGAGUGCUAAAGACAAGGCUCCGUAUGAGGCCAAAGCUGCCAAAUUGAAGGAGAAAUAUGAAAAGGAUGUCGCUGCUUACAGAGCGACAGGCGGCUCAGGGAAAACUGACGCUGGCAAGAAAAGUGGCCCGGGUAGGCCCAAGAAAGCUCAACCGGUGGAUGACGAUGACGAUGAUGAUGACGACGAAGAGGAUGAAGACGAGGAGGACGAGGACGAUGAUGACGACGAAGAGGAUUAAGCAAGCGGUUAUGCAUGUGACGUUUGCAAUGCAUUAAGCUAAAAUCUUUCGUCGUGUGGGUGUUCAAACCGUAUAGCCUGCUGUCCCUGUUGAUCAACUUCUUCGGGUGAUCAGACCUGUUUAUUCCUUGUCAAAUUCAGGGAUUUAGUUUGUUUUUUUCUCAAUUAGCCCCCUUAUUUCUUUAUAUCCUUGUUGCUAUAUUCAAAGGGUCAGCUCUAGGUUUGUUGUACCAUAUUGAAAGACUGUCCUACAGUCACUGGACAGCAAUGUAUCAGCAAGGUUUGAAAGAAAUGUUUUGCUUUUCAAAGCACUGCUUAGGUUUGUGUUUAGUGGUGCUGUUCAUUCACUGUCAUUUUACUCAGACUUCUAGUUUGACUUAAAAAAAGCAGCCAUUUUAAUGUUAAAACCUUCAUGUAGAACUGAAUUUUUUUUUGUAAUAAAAUUUUGUAUAUUGGUUAUAGUUAUGUGAUCUGUUAUUUCUCCACUGCUUUAUGUGAUGUAAUUCUCAAAACUUGCUGUGAACACUCACUCCUGAGGCAUGUUUAAAUUGCUUUCGGUUUACCUUUGCAAAAGAAGAUUAAUGAGCUGGCCGAGUUGUACAUAAACUGUUCAAGGCAAAUAUUAAAAGUGUUGUUUUGGACUUAGUGUCCAUUACUUCUGUGAUUGCCAA